AUGCCAGCGUCGCGUUCGACCCAGUCUCCCUGCGCCCCUCCUUCCACAUCCUCUGGGGUCUCCCCGGCACCUCCCACGCCCUCUCUCUCGCUGCCUGCCGCGGCCUGCCCCCCUCCCUCGCCGCCAGAGCCGCCAGGCUCGCCCAUGCUGCGAGUCUGGAGGCAGGGGAGGAUGAGGAGGAGGAGGAGCGGGAUGAGGAGGAGAGGAGGGAGGGAGAGGAGGGCAGGGCAUGAGGGGAGAGAAGGCAAGGGGGGAAGAGAGGAGGUCUUGGCAGCGAGGGAGGAGAUCUCCUGUGUUGUUGCCGCUUUUCAGGAAGCCUCCCUUGCUGGUGUUCCGGAGCGGGCGGCGACGGAACAGGCCUGUGCUGAUGUGGCAGCAGUGGCGGCUUUGGCGGGCCUCUCUCCCGAAGCUGAUUCUGCUUUGGUUUCAGAUUCUUCAGUUGGCUCCUCGGGGGGGUAUUCGGGAGGGGCUGACUGGGUUCCUGUUCUGGGGGAGCCCAUGUAUGUGAGGAGGUUCGGCACCAGUAUGCGUGGUACGGUGGUGGCAGUGGGCGGUGGUUCGGGAGAGGGCUCGGCAGAAACAGCAGGUGCUCGGUCUGUGACGGUUCAACUGGGAAAUCUGCGAUUGCAAGUGCAGAGAGCAGACCUCCUUCCCGCCGCCGAUGGCAGUGGUGGUGGUAGGACUGAUGGAGAGGCAGGAAGGAGGGGGCCCACAGGAGGGCUGUUUGGCAGCCAAUGGGAACAUGAUGAUGACAGUAACGAUAGCAGCAGCACGAAUAGUACCAGGGGAUUGAAGCGUGGUUGUCAGUUCCCCUCCCCGUCCUCCUCCUCCUCCACUCCUCUGCCAGUAGUGAGAGAGGCAGCAGUGCAGACAGCGCAAAACACAGUGGAUGUGAGGGGGCGGAGUGCAGAGGAUGCAUUAGCAGCGGUGGACGUAGCAGUGCAGUCCAGCCCGCCUGGUGCUGUGCUCUUCAUUGUGCAUGGGCUGGGCACUGGGGUGCUUCGGGCAGCUGUGCUGAAAUAUCUCUCGGGUAGCCCGCUGGUUUCGCGGCACGAGGCGGAGAGUAGGUUGAAUAUUGGGUGUACUAUUGUUUACAUUGGGUGA